GGACUGAUGGAGCCGCGGUGUUCGAAGAAAGAGCGAAGAGGGGGUGCUAGGAGCGGGGACGGGGAGGGAACGCCGGAGGUCGCGGGGGUCUCGCCCCCUUCCCCGCCGCGGCCUAGGACAAAUGGUCCAGCUCCCAGCUGGCCCCGGUGGCGGGUCCCAUGAUGGAGGGUGCGCCGGUCCGCUUCGACGCCGCGAAAAGGCCGACGGGCACAGGGCAAGGUCCCCCGCAGCCGCCUUAUCGGCGGAGCCGGGGAGCCGGGUCUGCUCUCUGGGCCUCCGGCCGCCCACUUCAACAAAAGGCUCGUUUGAACCCAGCCGACGCCCGGGGAGCGCCUUCCGUGCGAAGGGCCUGGGCCGGCGGCUCAGUGGUUAAUCCUACUCUAAGAACUCAGGCACUCAGGUAUCCACCAUGGUGUUGGGUCCUGAACAGAAGAUGUCAGACGAUAGUGCUUCUGGAGACCAUGGUGAGACAGCCAGUCUUGGUACCUUGAACCCUGCCUUCAGUAAUUCCUCUCUUCCACAGUCGUCUGGGCAUUCAGAGGAGCAUUUUGCCACUUACUUUAAUGAGAAGAUCUCCAUUCCUGAGGAGGAGCAUUCUUGCUUUAGCUUUCGUAAACUAUGGGCUUUCACGGGACCAGGCUUUCUUAUGAGCAUUGCCUACCUGGAUCCAGGAAACAUCGAAUCCGAUCUGCAGUCUGGAGCAGUAGCUGGAUUUAAGUUGCUCUGGGUCCUUCUGUUGGCCACCAUCGUAGGACUACUGCUCCAGCGGCUUGCAGCUCGACUGGGUGUGGUCACGGGGCUACACCUUGCUGAAGUAUGUCACCGUCAGUAUCCCAAGGUCCCACGAAUCAUCCUGUGGCUGAUGGUGGAGUUGGCUAUUAUUGGCUCAGAUAUGCAAGAAGUCAUUGGCUCAGCCAUUGCCAUCAAUCUUCUGUCUGUAGGAAGGGUUCCUCUAUGGGGUGGCGUUCUCAUCACCAUUGCAGAUACCUUUGUGUUUCUCUUUCUGGACAAAUAUGGCUUGCGGAAGCUGGAAGCAUUUUUUGGCUUUCUCAUCACUAUUAUGGCCCUCACAUUUGGAUAUGAGUAUGUUACAGUGAGACCCAGCCAGAGCCAGGUACUCAGGGGCAUGUUCGUGCCAUCCUGUUCGGGCUGUCGCACCCCACAGAUCGAGCAGGCUGUGGGCAUCGUGGGAGCUGUUAUCAUGCCACACAACAUGUACCUGCAUUCUGCCUUAGUCAAGUCUAGACAGGUAAACCGGGCCAAUAAGCAUGAAGUUCGAGAAGCCAAUAAGUACUUUUUCAUCGAAUCCUGCAUUGCUCUCUUUGUUUCCUUCAUCAUCAACGUCUUUGUCGUCUCAGUCUUUGGUGAAGCAUUUUUUGGGAAAACGAACAAGCAGGUGGUUGAAGUCUGUACAAAUAGCAGCAGUCCCCAUGCUGGCCUCUUUCCUAACGAUAACUCAACCCUGGCCGUGGACAUCUACAAAGGGGGUGUUGUGCUGGGCUGUUACUUCGGGCCUGCCGCACUCUACAUCUGGGCAGUGGGGAUCCUGGCUGCAGGACAGAGCUCCACCAUGACAGGAACCUAUUCUGGCCAGUUUGUCAUGGAGGGAUUCCUGAAUCUGAAAUGGUCUCGCUUUGCCCGAGUGAUUCUCACUCGCUCUAUUGCCAUCAUCCCCACUCUGCUUGUUGCUGUCUUCCAAGACGUGGAGCAUCUGACAGGGAUGAAUGACUUCCUGAAUGUUCUACAGAGCUUGCAGCUUCCUUUUGCUCUCAUCCCCAUCCUCACGUUUACGAGCUUGCGGCCAGUGAUGAAUGACUUUGCCAAUGGAAUAGGCUGGAGGAUUGCGGGCGGGAUCUUGGUCCUUAUCGUCUGUUCCAUCAACAUGUACUUUGUAGUGGUUUAUGUCCAGGACCUAGGGCAUGUGGCGUUGUAUGUGGUGGCUGCUGUGGUCAGCGUGGCUUAUCUGAGCUUUGUGUUCUACUUGGGUUGGCAGUGUUUGAUUGCACUGGGCAUGUCCUUCCUGGACUGUGGGCACACGGUAAGCAUCUCUAAAGUCCUGCUGGCCGAAGAAGCCCCCCGAGGCUAUGCUAAGUAAACACUGGAUUAGUCUGUCUGUUUUCGCAGGUAGCCAUCAGAGCGAGUGUGUUUCUAUGGUUUACUGUGUGAACAUAGCCAAAAGUAUGUGCUGUUGCACAGACUGCAUUUAGAACUCAACCGUUGGUUGGGAGAGACUUUGUUUCGUGUAUGUUUGAAAGAUGGAAUUAUUUUUUUCUUCCUGACCUCCAAGCCUGAGAACUGGAUUAGGAUAGGAUCUUUGAAAAGCCGACCUGUGCUGCUAUCAUUCCAACACUAAACCCUUAAGUAGCUGCUCAAGAGCCAGCUGGAUUUAUCCUUUUGAGAGAUAAUCCUCUAUGUAUGGUUCUAAACCAGGCUAUAUGUGGGGGGGAAAAAAGGAAAAUGCAAUACACUUUUCGUAAUACAAACUACAGAAUGGGUAUGCAAAUUUUAUUUGUCAAAAGUUAAUAGGUUUUAGAAGGCUGAUGACUUUCUUACAUAUACCCUUUCAAUUACUUUAAUUAUACAAAAAUCUCGAGUAAAAUGGCUUCAUCCAUAUGAAAUAUAAAAUUAAGAGACACCUAUUUCUAUCAGGCUUAGCAUUCUUUGAACUUAUUUCUACUUUAAAUUUCUCAGUGGGAGUUAAGAGGGGUGAGAAAAAGAAGUGAAAAAUGGACAACUAGCAAAACUCGCCUGUAGGUGGUAAUUGCUAAUCACUGUCUGGAGAUUUUCCUGAGAUUGAAAGUGCAUGAGGAUUUGGGGGGAGUCCUGAUUUUAAUAGCCUUCCUGUUAGUACAGAGUCUUUCUGAUGAUGUUACUCUCGAGCCCAUAUAGUUGUGAAACCUUCACCUUCUUCCUCUGGGAGGAUGGUGAUAGAUGGUAGCACUUAGGAACUGUGUUCUUGUGAGACUUUGAGGGUGGGGAGAAAAGACUGUCACAGGGAAGAAGAGCCAUCUGUUUUAUUCCUGAAAGCCACCUGUCACCAGUCAUCACGUUUUCUGAUGCACCACCCUGCUUCAUGCCCACGAUGACUUGGAAGGCAGUCUCAGGAGCUCUGAUGUAACCAUUGCAAAGUGCGAGUUCUCCACAAGUCAAUAGGUGUCACUGUGGUUGCAAAGUUCUCUCUGCAAGGUUGAACUGGGCUACCUCUCCACAGCUAUUUCCUCAAAUGAAAAACUCUGAGACCAGAUGGUGGAACUCUGGAGUCAGAGGAAAUGGGUGUCUCCAGCAUGAAGCUGCGGCUCUUACUUCAGCCACUUCUGACAUGUUUACAUGCGGAGCCUGAGAUUUUGUGGUGAUCUCAAAUCAAGUCACUUUGUCUGUUGGAGAUAAUCAGAAGUCUCUUAUAGCCAUUGGCUUGGCGAGAACAGUAAUGGGAAUGGCAUUGAAGGACUUCCUGUUUCUGGAGCUUUCCUUCUGGAGUCCCGUUUGGUUGAUGUUCUCUGUUCAUCUGAAACCCAAAAGCAUUAUUACUGAUAUGUUGCACACAGUUAAAAUUGCAGUCUGGAUGGAUAGUCUUUUAUAAAGCAUUAAGGCUACACUACUGUGUUUCGCUGACAUGUGUUUUCUUAUCCCCCCCCCAAGUAAUACCACAGAGUCACGAAUAACAAUCCCCCUGACUGUUCCUCCUUAGGUCUGCUCCUCUCCCCUUGCCACCAUCAUUCCCAAAACCAGUCAUAAAGGCACUAUGGGUAGAUAUUGGGGAUUGACACCUUAAACUGUCCCCUGGCUGCAGUAGGGGGAGGCCAGAUUGACAAACAAUUAUUUAUGAGGCUGACGCAGUAACAUUUACCUUUGCUCUGGGUCUGGAUGGGUCCAGUCAGUGCCAUAUUCAUACACAUUUAGUAGCUUAGGUAAAAGCUUGUAUUCUUUUAAAAGUUGUAUUUAUGACUUGCAAUGAUGGAAUAGUUCUUCCCAGUUAAAGGUAUUUUGUAAUACUGUGUGGGUAGUAUUUUACAGUAUUAAAAAUAUUCCCAUACCUUACUACAUUUUACCCUCACAGAGAGAAAGUGUACUCCAACCAGUACUCUGGGUGCAAUAAACAAUGUGUAGAAAUUUAACUCCUCCAAUGCCAGCAUAUGUGGUGCAUUUUGGCAGAGUGUUUGUGUGGAAUGUUUAAGGGGUCUGCAGUUGUACUUUAUAUAAAUUGGUCCUUGUUCUCUUUAAUUGUGACAUGAAAUGACUGUGUAGCUACAGUAUACUGGAAAUUAACAGGGGAAAGGGAAAUAACUUUAGUUAGGCUCCUGUGAGUUCCUGUUGGUGGUGUUAGGAGUGGUUACAGCUGAGCUUUCAGCAACCAUUUAACAAUAUGUAAACUUGGUUUGUGAUUAAAAGAAAAUUAUUUUUCC